AUGGGAGAAAGUCCUGGGGUGUCUAAGUAUGGUGCGGGCGCGGAGAAUAAACAGGUGGAAGACAGUCCUUGCCCUCGAAGAGCUGUCAUCUGUGCGGUGACUCCAUCCAUCCAGGGAAGAGUCUGCAGGAGCCCAGGUCAGCCUGAGAAACACCAGCUUUUUCUUUGCCUUGAAAUCUUGAGCCUUAGGUCGACAUCCCCUUUGCUCCAACCCAGCACGAUGCUGCGGAGGGACGGACGACUUUCUGCCCUUGUCUGGACCACAGACCCAGCACGAGCGGACGCUUUGACAGGCCUCUUUCAUCUUCCCCGUAGGAAACCUGCCCUCCAGUCGUCCCCAAAACACGAUCUUAGGGAAUUGGGACGUGUUUCAAAUGUGAGGACAGAAGAUGAAUUUCUCAACGAAGAUGGAACUGGGGGGCAGGAAACAGAAGAUCUGUAUUCCCUGGCGGAAGGACUUCAGGUCACCGUGCCCGACAAGAAGAAGGUGGCCAUGCUCUUCCAGCCCACGCUGCUUCGCUGCCACUUCUCCACGUCGUCCCGCCAGCCCGCCGUGGUGCAGUGGAAGUUCAAGUCCUACUGCCAGGACCGCAUGGGGGAGUCCCUGGGCAUGGCCUCCCCCCGGGCCCAGUCUCUCAGCAAGAGAAACCUGGACUGGGACCCCUACCUGGACUGCUUGGACAGCCGCAGGACUGUUCGCGUGGUCGCUUCAAAGCAGGGCUCCACCGUCACCCUGGGCGACUUCUACAGGGGCCGAGAGGUCACCAUCGUCCACGAUGCAGACCUUCAGAUCGGAAAACUCAUGUGGGGAGACAGCGGACUCUACUACUGUAUCAUCACCACCCCGGACGACCUGGAGGGCAAAAACGAAGACUCAGUGGAGCUGCUGGUGCUGGGCAGGACAGGGCUGCUUGCUGACCUCUUGCCCCGUUUUGCUGUGGAGAUUAUGCCAGAGUGGGUGUUUGUCGGCCUGGUGAUCCUGGGCGUCGUCCUCUUCUUCGUCCUGGUGGGCAUCUGCUGGUGCCAGUGCUGUCCGCACAGCUGCUGCUGCUACAUCCGCUGCCCCUGCUGCCCGGACUCCUGCUGCUGCCCGCAGGCCUUGUAUGAAGCGGGGAAAGCAGCAAAGGCCGGGUACCCUCCCUCCGUCUCCUGUGUCCCCGGCCCCUACUCCAUCCCCUCUGUCCCCUUGGGAGGAGCCCCCUCAUCGGGCAUGCUGAUGGACAAGCCGCACCCACCUCCCCUGGCUCCAAGUGACUCCACUGGAGGCAGCCGCAGUGUUCGCAAAGGCUACCGGAUCCAGGCGGACAAAGAGCAGGACUCCAUGAAGGUCCUGUACUACGUGGAGAAGGAGCUGGCCCGGUUCGAUCCGGCCCGGAGGCUGAGAGGCCGCUAUAACAACACCAUCUCAGAACUCAGCUCCCUCCACGAGGACGACGGCAAUUUCCGCCAGUCUUACCACCAGACGCGCGGCAAGCAGUUCCCUGGGUCCCGGGACUUGGAGAGCAGCACGGACUACUGGUCGGGUGUCGUGGGGGGCAGCAGCGGGGCGAGCCGGGGGCCCUCGGCCGUGGAGUACAGCAGAGAGGACCGGGACGGCUUCCGGCACAGCCAGCAGCGCUGCAAGUCGGAGAUGCUGUCGCGGAAGAGCUUCGCCACGGGGGUGCCAGCUGUGUCCAUGGACGAGCUGGCCGCCUUCGCCGACUCCUACGGCUCCCGGUCCCGCCGGGCGGACAACGGCCUCGACGCCCGCGCCGGGGGCCGCUUCGAGCGCGCAGAGUCGCGGGCGCGUGGGGGUCUCUUCGGGGACGGCCCGCCCGAGGGGUACCCUCCCGAGGGCUACUCGCCGGAGCGGUACUUCGGGGCGCGGAGCCGCAGCCGCGAGCCCUCUGCUGACGGGGAGCGCGCCUGGGCCCCCGAGGACGCUCCGCUGCCCCGGCUGGUGAGCCUGCCGGCCGCCUGCGAGCACCCGAGCCGCGGGGGCAGCCUGGAGACGCCCUCCCGACGGGGCGCCCCCUACUACGCCUGGUCGCCGGCCACCUACCGGGCGCGCGCGCCCAGGGGCAGCGACGAGGGGGACGCGCCCGACGACGCCCUGCCGCCCUAUAGCGAGCACGAGCUGACCCGGAGGCCGUCCCACCGCGGCCGGGACCUCUCCGCCCAGGGCACUUCGGAAAAGAGGCGGAAGAAGGAGCCCGCCAAGAAGCCGAGUGACUUUCCAACCAGGAUGUCCCUCGUGGUCUGACGCUUGUUUGAGACCUCUCUCUGGACGACAAAAAAUCAGAAGUGGACGACGGGAACAAGAUACAAAUCCAAGAGCCAGCAGGCCCGGGACCUUCUCCGGCCACCACCUCGGAAGGUUUACUGAUCUGCGCUUUGGCAGGGGAUGGGGGCAGACCAAGCGAGGCCGAUUCCAGACCUCAGUGCCCAUCUGUCCCGCUCGGGAAACAUCGUGAACGUGACUGUGUGAGGACACGCGGGCAGUUUCUCACCACAGGGCUCAUCCUGCCCGGUCUCCUAGCCGAACCAGGAUUCUUUCCCAAGUCUGACAUGGAGGUAGCUCGGGACGGCCGAUCUCCAGGACAGGCCUCUGCCCAGCACACACCUGUGCGUGCCGAGAGGCGGAGACUCUGUUACUGCUGUGGAUCUGCUGACAGCCCGGGACAGCUGCUGGCCAGGCGCACCUGUUCCCCUCUCCGCCCAGCCCCUCACUGCGACUGCUGUCACACUGAAGUCCCAAGGCCUUUGGUCGGCUCAGUGACUGCGACCUGCUGGACAGUCCCCAUCACUUCCCUUUGCUGUUCUCAAUGACAGUCCAGGAGCGGCCCGAACCACAUGGAAGAGAGUCUGCCCCUGUUUGGAAAGCUGUCUGCGUGGUGUUUCCUUGUCUGUUCUGAGAACAUAAGCGCUUUUUCUCUCUGCUGAGCACGGCUGAGUCGGACAGGAAGGGCUCUCCAUCUUCCCCACGCCCGGAUGUCCCCGCGUGGGGCACACACACAGCCCGCCUCCCUCCGCAUUUGAUGUGGCAGGUGUCAGGUGCCUUUGAUACAUACUUAAGUGUGCACACGAAGAAGAAGGAGGAGCAAAAGGAAAACGAAGUCAGGAAUUUGAAAGAAAAGAAUGUAUGUUCUCAUUACACCUGGGACGUGGGCCGUCGUCCCCGUGAAGUCCACGUGAGCCUCCUGGGUUUGUGCGCUUACCAUGCGUGGGUUCUGCCCAGAAACCCUGCCAUUCCAGGGCGCCCGAGACAUGACCGUGCACCAUGGCCUCCCCAGUGGCUACUGCGAGAGAUCUUGCUUUCCAGAGGAGAACUUUGUAUUCCCACCACUGCCUAAAUGAUAGGCCUCCCAAAGUUAGAUCUUUUUGGAUUUUGUAAUUAGUGUAAAUUGCACAAAACGGACACUCUUUCCCCUUCAUCCAGAAGUGAGCCUAGUGUCCACCCCUUGAGUCUGCACUGGCUGGGUGACUUGAUUUGGCUGGUGGCCCAGUAACGAAUGCAAUGCAAGCAGACUUGGAAAAUCCUCGUGCAUGGGCGUGUCCUCUCCUGUUGUCCGGGGACCCUUGCUGUUACCACCGGGUGAACCAGCCCGGCUGUCCUGCUGCAUGAUGGGAGAAAAGGGCCCCGUUCCCUGUCCCCCUUUCUGACAGCCUGUCAACCCUCAGCUGACAGCAGACGCACGAGGGAGCCCAGCCAAGACCAACAGAAGAACCUCCCAGCUGAGCUCAGCCCACAGUAUUGAUUCCUUCUCCGGGCACGAGACGUCGGUGUGCUCUUUAAAUGUUCGUUUCUCUCGCAGGAGAAACUUUUCUUGCUUCACCGUCCAGCCCUGAGUCCCUGACUCCAUCCAGCCGUCAGUGUCGCACGGUCUCCACUUUCCUUGACUGACUGUUGUCGAAGCUUUUCAGCCCGCGCUGUGGGACUCACGGUUGGCCCGUCACGGGAGGUUGCUUGGCCUCGCUGUCCCCGCCUCCCACGUGGGUCCAUCCUCUGUGGAUCCUUGGACAACCUCUGGAGACGGCUCCUUCGGCAUCUCCUUGGUCUUCUCCAGGGCCACCUGGCUGGGGCGAGGCCUUGUUCUCACAGUGCCAUUCCACUGGCACCCAUACAUCUUGGCAUUUCUAAAACAGUCGUUCGUGUGCAGCGAAACGCAGAAGAGGCUGGUGAGGGUCGGCUGGGUGUGCUGACAGCCCUGCUCGGAGGAGAACU